UGUAGGAGAAACCCUUGCUCACCCUCUUCUAUGGGUUUCCAGCCUUCAGAACCCGACACAACAGGGCUUUCCACUAUCUCGGCUGCCCUGCCGCUCCUUCUAAUGUCCCCUUCCUGUUCUAUCUGCCAUCCCAGUACUUCUCUCUCCCUCCCUGUGACCCACAAGCUGCUCUUAGCCCUUCCUCCCUCCUAUGACCUGCCUGUCACAUGAUUUUGCUCAUUUCCUCCACUUGGGAGAAGAGACAGGUGUGGUAGAGGUGCAGCUGAGUCCCUACCUUCUUAAAGGGCCAGCUCAUCCUGUUAUAAUCCCUACUACUUUCAUCCUCAAAUAAAAAUGACUCAGAAAAUCAAUUCGAUGUAUCAGCAGCCAAUAGUUUGUGUUGCUGUUUGUAUUUCAUCUUUGAACUGCAGAAAUAUUUCAGUUCUAAUGUUUUCUGUGUUUGGCUGUAAGGACCUUACAGCAAAUUAUAUUAAUUGAUAGGAAGCAAAGUUGUAUUUAUAAAUUGGAUCAAGGUCUUUACUUUGUGUCUUUAGUCCAUCUCUAGCUGAAACUCACUUAAAGAUUAACAUUCCCGUCCUUGUAUUGUAUGUGUUUCCUUCAAAUGAAGUACCUGUUUUUAGAAGGUCCUUGCUGUUCAUUGUCACAGUGCAGCAUAAUGAGUGGUGCAUUAUAUGCAGGGUGAAGAUAUUCUGAAGAAGUUUGAAAGUUUACUUAUGGAGAAUGUCUCAGUGUAUAUUGCAACAAGCCUGCCAACUUUAGCUGUAAAUUCAACUGAUCUUAAGGUUUUGAAGAAAAAAGGGGCUCAUGUAAGAAGGGUCAAUUUUGGACAUUUGACAAAAGGGGUGCUGCAUUCCAAAUUCUGGAUUGUAGAUAUGAAACACAUGUAUAUUGGCAGUGCAAAUAUGGACUGGAGGUCAUUUUCUCAGGUGAAAGAAGUUGGUGCCGUGAUAUACAACUGCAGCUGCUUAGCCAAUGAUCUAUGGAAAACGUUCAGAACAUACUGGGAUCUUAGGCAUGCUAAUGCCACCGUUCCCUCCCCAUGGCCGAGCAAUUACUCCACCAAAAUUAACAAGUAUGGGCCUCUGGACGUGCAGUUUAAUGGAACCUUGACAACAGCCUAUUUUUCUGUAAGUCCUCCUGUGUUUUGCCCAAAGGGUCGUACUCACGACCUCAUUUCUAUUAUUGACAUUAUAAAUGAUGCAGAAGAAUAUGUGUAUAUCUCAGUCAUGGAGUAUUUUCCUACAACCCGCUUCAGACACCCAGCAAAAUACUGGCCAGACAUUGACAAUGCUCUGAGACGUGUGGCAUUCAACCACAAUGUAAAAAUCAGGCUUUUGAUCAGCUGCUGGCUCCACACUGACCCGUCCAUGUUCCAUUAUUUGCAGUCACUUUGUGCUCUCAGUGAUCCACAUACCAACAUCACCAUCGAUGUGAAAAUCUUCAUUGUUCCAGUUCUGAAUCACACAAACAUCCCUUUCGGGAGAGUGAACCACAACAAAUAUAUGGUCACUGAUAAAGUGGCAUAUAUUGGAACUUCCAAUUGGUCAAAAGAUUACUUUAGUAAUACAGCUGGAGUUGGGCUGAUUGUCAACCAGACUUCAACAGAUCCUCAAAGAAAGAAGCCAGUUAUACAGGAACAAUUAAAAAAUGUUUUUGAACGAGACUGGAAUUCCAAAUAUUCAGUAAAUAUGGAAGAUCUACAUGGGCAGAAAGACUGUGCCUGGGAAGAGGGAUUAAGUUACUUAUAAAGUUCAACAUUUUUUUUCUAUUUGAAAUGUAAUAUACACGAAAUACAUAGUUUAUUUUUAUUAUGUGUCAAAAAAAUCAUUUCCUACUGGUAUGGCCCACUACUUAAUGUUCUGGGAGCACAGUUCAAUAUACCUGUAUAAUCAAAUAAUUUUUGGCAGUUAAUAUGUGAAAUAUUUGUAUAUUUGUCCGGGACAGCAUUAGGCAUGGACCACAUAAGCAGCAACCCAGGGCACAAUAAGGACCAGAUUUAAUCACCUAAAGAUUCAGAUUCAUAGAUUACAAGGUCAGAAGGGACCAUUGUGAUCAUCUAGUCUGACCUCCUGUAUCACACAAGCUUCCCCAGAAUAAUUUCUAGAGUAGAUGUUUCAGAAAAAUAUCCAGUCUUUAUUUUAUUUUAAAAUUGUUAGUGAUGGAGAAUCCCCCAUGACCCAAGACCCGGGUCUUCAGUGGCGGAAGGGAAGGACCUGCCACCGAAUUGCCGCCACAGAAUGAAGCAGCACGGUAGAGCUGCCUCCGAAGUGCCACCGAUCG